UUUCCUUCUCUCUCAUAGAUUGUUAUUACCAGGACCAUCUAUCUACCUUUUAUCUCUGGUUAGCAAAAGGAUGGCGGAGUAUGGAGGAAGAGGGACGGCGUUGGUAGUAGUGGGGAGGGGAGGCCGGGAGUGCGCUCCGGCGUCAGAGGAAGAGGAAGCUGAAAGCGGGAGCACGGGAGGGGGAGUGACGGCCAAGAUCAAGAAGGGGACGAUGGGGGCGCUCGACGUAGCGCGGAAGCCCCGUGGCCGGCCGCCGGGGUCAAAAAACAAGCCGAAGCCGCCCAUCGUCAUCACUCGCGACGCUGAGAACGCCAUGAGGCCCCACGUCCUAGAGCUAUGUGCGGGCUGCGACGUCGUCGAGAGCGUCGCGCAGUUUGCCCGGCGCCACCACCUCGGCCUCUGCGUCAUCAGCGGUAAAGGCACCGUCGCCAAUGUGUCCCUCCACCACCCCGCCACCGUCGCAGCCGGCGCUCCGUCUGGCCGGCCUUCCGCCACCACCCUCACCUUCCAUGGCCGUUUCGACAUCCUCUCUCUCACAGGGACCUACCUCCUGCCCACCUCCCCAUCCUCCCCUUCCACCUCCUCCUUCACCAUCUCUCUCGCCGGAGCCCAGGGCCAGGUCGUCGGCGGCACAGUCGCUGGUAGCCUUGUCGCCGCCAGUCCUGUCGUCCUUAUAGCCGCUGCGUUCAACAACCCCUCCUUCCACCGCCUUCCGGCCGAAGACGAGGACGUGAGGAUGAACAGCGGCAACGGCUGCGUCGGUGGUGGAGUGAAGAAGGAGAGUGAGACAGAGAUGGACGCGUGCUCCAUGUCCAUGUACAACCCAUUGAGCUGCCAACUGCCGCAUGACGCCUUCACGUGGGUGCCUCCCUCUCGGGCCCCUCCUCCUUAUUGACGAAAAUGAUGUUGGUCGCUCGUUCGGCUCGCGAGCCACCGCAUGCAUCAUUCCAUGCAGAACGAGGAAGCUAGCCAUGGGCCAUGGCGGUUGCGUUCCGUCCCCCAAGUGUGUAGUUUUCCCUUGGCUCCCGCAUGUCCAUUAAUGGAUCUGAUCGAUCUCAUUGCCAGUGGUGGUGCUGUGGUUUGUUGUGAUUAAUCUUCUGUUCUUCCGACUCGCCUUUUGUUUUUUCGACUGCAAUGGGAUCUUUCUUUUCUGUUCCAUGUCAUAGAAAAAUUAAUUGGUUUGUGUGUAUGAAGCAGAGAGAGAGAGAGAGAGAGAGAGAGCAUAGGGUCUUGCUGUGGGACGUGGAAUUUCUGGCUGGCCUUGGAGAAGGAUUGAUUUGAUUGCUUUGAGGGAUGAGAUUCCCAACUAAGGAAUAUAUUUCUGGGGGGAGAGAGGGCCGUCCCUGUUGUGGUAACCAAAAUGAAACUCACUUCAUUCUGAAUUCACAGCCUCGUUACCUUUUGUAUCACGAGAGUCCGUGAAGUGAGAAAACAUACAUGCAUCAAACCAGAUCUUAAAAGAACAAAAGAAAAUUGAACUUGACAAGACCAAGUAGUUCUGAGUCCACCGGCGAUUGACAGAGACAGUAGCUGUUGGGGAGGUGUAUAGGUGUGCGUGGAGCGAACAGGAAGGAGAGGGGGCUGAUCUUUACGGUGGAAAAAAUGGCAACUCAACGCCUUAAGGUCGAUAAAUCGGCUCCACAGGAGGCUUCUGGUUUGGUCUACCUGAUCUGACAAGUGAAACGCAUUCAUGAUGCCUCGCCUCAGGAACAGGAAUCUCUGCCAUGGUCAUGUGGAACUUGGUAGUCGGUGCCUUCGUUUUCUAGUCUGCUGGUCUUAUCGGCCCCUGAGUCUGUAUUACGAUAAAGGGUUGAGAUUCUGCUAUA